AUGGCAACCUUCAAUUCUCCCACCGCUUUUAGGGCAACUGGGACACUGCGGGAUACGAUAGCAGCGUCUGUGCCUUGCUAUACCCUGUUCCAACCGUCGGCGAAGCAAAUGUUCACCCCAUCCGUUCUGAAGACCGCUCCUGAGAACUUGGACAGCCUGUCCGAAGUGCCCUUGAACGUCCGUUUCAUUGGCGACACACAUCUCCUCCUCCAGCUAAACUUUUUCCACCCCUUCUUAACGCUUGACGGGACGUCUGAUGCCAGCUAUAUUCAAGGUCAGCGUGACGUAGCCGACCACGAGCCAGAGAAGGUCAUGGCCCGUGGCCAUCAUAAGAGGACGGCCUGGGCAAGAGAGGAGCCGGAAGUUCCCUCAUCCGGGGGCUGUUAUGUCUCAGCAAACAUGUCAAAAAGAGAAAACAAGAAAGAGGAUCAAACUUACGGCAGGGCUGAGGCCACGAAAGACAAUCAGUCAUGUUUACGACGGGUAUUAGUACAUCAUUAA